CGGGGAUGUGACCCAUCAAGGCAGAGUGGCUACUCAGGAGGUAAAGUGGCGACCUAGAAGGCUGACGGUGAAUUAGGACGCGAGGUCUCCUAUCCGCGAUUGGGAGCCCCGCAGGUGCCACCGCUCCCCGCUUUCCAGCGGCAACCCUCACCAUGGAGUCCCCGGUCCAGAUCUUCCGCGGGGAGCCAGGCCCCACCUGCGCCCCGAGUGCUUGCCUACUCCCCAACAGCAGUGCCUGGGUCCCAUGGGCAGAAUCGGACAGCAAUGGCAGUAUGGGCUCUGAGGAGCAGCAGCUGGAGACCGCGCACGUCUCUCCGGCCAUCCCUGUUAUCAUCACCGCUGUCUACUCUGUGGUGUUCGUGGUGGGCUUGGUGGGCAAUUCGCUGGUCAUGUUUGUCAUCAUAAGAUACACGAAGAUGAAGACAGCAACUAACAUCUACAUAUUUAACCUGGCUUUGGCAGAUGCCUUGGUUACCACCACCAUGCCCUUCCAGAGCACUGUCUACUUGAUGAAUUCUUGGCCUUUUGGAGAUGUUUUGUGCAAGAUCGUCAUCUCCAUUGACUACUACAACAUGUUUACCAGCAUUUUCACCUUGACCAUGAUGAGUGUGGAUCGCUACAUUGCCGUGUGCCACCCGGUGAAAGCUUUGGACUUCCGAACGCCUCUGAAAGCAAAGAUCAUCAACAUCUGCAUCUGGCUCCUGUCAUCAUCUGUUGGCAUAUCAGCAAUAGUCCUUGGAGGCACCAAAGUCAGGGAAGAUGUGGAUGUCAUCGAGUGCUCCUUGCAGUUUCCUGAUGAUGACUACUCCUGGUGGGACCUCUUCAUGAAGAUCUGUGUCUUUGUGUUUGCCUUUGUGAUCCCAGUCCUCAUCAUCAUCGUCUGUUACACCCUCAUGAUCCUGCGCCUGAAGAGCGUGCGGCUCCUCUCCGGCUCGCGAGAGAAGGACCGCAAUCUCCGCCGCAUCACCAAGCUGGUGCUGGUAGUGGUUGCAGUCUUCAUCGUCUGUUGGACUCCGAUCCACAUCUUUAUCUUGGUGGAGGCUCUGGGCAGCACCUCCCACAGCACGGCCGCCCUCUCCAGCUAUUACUUCUGCAUUGCCUUGGGUUAUACCAACAGUAGCCUGAAUCCUGUCCUCUACGCCUUUCUUGAUGAAAACUUCAAGCGGUGUUUUAGGGAUUUCUGCUUCCCUAUUAAGAUGCGAGUGGAGCGACAGAGCACCAACAGAGUCAGAAACACAGUUCAGGAUCCUGCUGCCCUGAGGGAUGUGGAUGGGAUGAAUAAGCCAGUAUGACUAGUCGUGGAGAUGUCUUCUUACAGCUCUCCAGGUCGAGAAGAGUUCAAUGAUCUUGGCUUAACCCAGAUUACCACUGCAGUCUGAAGUGGAAAGAUGAGACAUUCCAUAAUUUAGAAAUGUCAUGCUCUGAAGUCUUAAGGUGCAGGAAGCAUUAGUGAUCUAGCUGAGUAGGGGCAGGAAGUCUGAAGAACAGAGCACAGCAGGUCCUGGCAACAAUACACCUCUUUCCUAGGACAGAGAAGCCAAUGUAAUUUCAACCCUUUGAUAAACAAAGCCAAGACUCUUUCUUCUGGUUCCUUUGGAUUAGUGUACCUCCAUCUGUGUGGCCUUCCUAUGCAACAUAGUUCCAAAGCUCUGGAGAAGAAAAUACAGGAAAAAAAAGCAAAGCAAAACCUCUGGAUCCAAAGCUUAGAUGACACCCAACCUGCCUGUUAACACUGGCAGAAACAACCUCAGUUAGAAUGAGGCCAUCUCAAGGCUCAAAUUCAGCCCACUGUCUGCUGGGUGAGCAUGUCUCAUGUGUGAAAAGAGUACAUCUUAGGAAGAACUUGGAUUCAUACUCAUGAUGCUGAACAACCGCACAGUAGUACAAAGCAUCAUCUUUCAUUAGUGAACUCCUUUGAAGUUGUGAAUGCUCUUUUCUCACAGUGUCUAAUGCCUUGAAAACUACAGUUGCUACAUAAGAUCUUUGGUUUUUAGCAUGCUAUUCAGGUAGAUAAUCUUCUGAGAAAACAUGAACUGAUAUUAAGAAGUAUGAAGCGUAAAUACCAACAAAGUUUGUGUAGUUUCAUCUGUAAAUAGUAGCCUGUGUAUAUAUAAGGACUAGGCUUCCUGUCCAGCCAGCACAUUUCUCGAGGGUGCAGUAGUGAUACCUCUCGAGACAUGCAGAGUUGAUGCUGAGCUAAUUUGCUAGAAUAUAAGCUACCCUCUGGGACUCUGUCAUGGUGUGAUUUCCUCUGGAUUCUCCAAACAUCAUUCACUCUAACACUGCUCAUAACUUGGCAUUAACAAAUCCCCAGCAUUUAAAUUUACUCUAAGAUGGUAGCUUUGGUUGACUCUACUUUGUGGUAGCAUCUGCUGGUAGACACGCACCUAAUGUCAGAUUCUCUACUCAGGUAGAAGAAGUUGUUUUGACCAUGUGAAUCAUAAAAUAUUAUGUUCUGGUUUUCUACAGGAAAUAGAAUUGUUCCCACAUGUAUGCUGAAGAAGGAAACAAGACUUGAGGUAGCUAAGCAGAACUUGCAUGGUCCUGGGUAAGGGUGUACCUGGGGAGACUCCUGUCUGAGAAGCCCAUUUAGGAUAAUUUUGCUAAAUCUUCCAAAUGACAUAUAAAUUCCCUUCUUCUGUUCUUUAAAACUUAUAGUUCAGAGAUAAUGAGGGGUUUUUUUUUGUAAUUUGCCUUGAAAGAAGAAAAAGAUAAUUUAAAAAUAAUGCUUAUUUCUAAGCUUAUUCAUGGUCAGGACAGCACCCCUUGGAGUCUAAUAGAGCAUUUAAUGUGUGGACCUCAAUACUGUAGGCAGAGUUCCAUCUGUGAGUUCUCACCACCAGCUGGCUCCCUGGUGCUGCUCCCUCUCUCUCUGUAGACUGAAGCCUGUAUGAAGGAAGGCAUGAGACACUCUGCAGAGUCGCUGCCAUUAUGGUUAUCUCCAUUUGAAACUUUUAUGCUACUGAGCUCAGUGGUGAACAGUGACCUUGCAGAGACAUUUCCUAAUGGAAAUGGAAUGUUCUCCUGAGUAUUUCUUAAAUUUACUUGAUGUUCUGGAAUUCUUUUGUAAUGGCACAAAGCUGGAAUUUAUGAAGCAAAAGGUAUCCACGUAGAUUUAAGCACGAAGGCUAACAGAGGAAGACAGACACAUAAAAAAGGUACAGAUGCAUGCCCUAGAGUGGACACAAACUUGUA